AUGGCUGAACUUAUGGGUUCAGAAGUUACGGAGGCUAUGAAAGUGGCUGUAUCCGAGGCAAAAUCUCAGCUUAGCAAACUGAACCUCGACAUUCACAGUCAUCCAGAACUCUGCUAUCAAGAACACUACGCGCACGACACGAUUGUCAAGUCACUCGAAAGCCUCGGCUUCCCCACCAAGCCCCAUGCCUACGACGUUCCAACAUCUUUCGAGGCCGAGUAUGGAACGGGUGGUCGGCUCGUUGUCUUCAAUGCCGAGUACGAUGCGCUACCCGGGAUAGGUCACGCUUGCGGACACAACCUCAUCCUAACGGCCUCGGUGGCUGGGUUCUUGGCUGCAGCUGCAGCUUUGAAGCAAUCGGGGAAGCCAGGACGGGUGCGCAUUCUGGGAACGCCAGCAGAGGAGGGCGGCUGUGGCAAGGGACUGCUCAUCAGUCGCGGGGCCUACAAGGGAGUCGAUGCUUGCGUCAUGGCACAUCCUACCAAUAUGACGGCGGAGGGUAAGCCGCCUUCCAAUGGGAUCGUGUACAAUCCUCACGUCGGCACUGCCAUGUUUUCCAUUACGGUCAGGGGCAAGGCAUCACACGCUGCCGCAUCGCCUUGGAAUGGCCACAAUGCUUUGGACGCCGUUGUGGGUGGCUAUGUCCAUGUCAGCAUGAUGAGACAUGCACUGUUUCCUGCUGAAAGGGUACAUGGAAUCAUCACCAACGGCGGAGCCAAGUCCAACAUUGUACCCGACUUCGCCAGCGUCAACUACGGUGUGCGAGCGCCAGGGAUGGAGCGGAUAGCCUUUCUCCGUAACAAGGUCAUUGAUUGCUACAAGGCGGGCGCAGCAGCGGCAGGCUGCGAUAUUGAGCUGGAAGAUCAUACGUCCUACGUGCCAAUGAUCCCAAACAAGGCAUUGGCUGCAACCUUUGCGGAUGCCAUGUCUGACUUGGGCGUGCCAAUGGAGUUUGACGUCAAUACUACCGAGGUCAAAGCAGGUGCGACUGAUCAAGGCAAUGUCACGUUUGUAGUGCCUGCGAUCCAUCCAAAUUACGAUAUCCAAGCGCCGAAAGGGGCGACAAAUCAUACGAUUGGGUUUACCGCCGCGGCUGGGACCGACUUUGCUUUUGAGCGGACGCUGGUAGUAGGGUUGGGGCUUGCACGUUCAGCUUGGGUCGUGUUGACGGAUGAUAAAGUUGCGGAUGAAAUGAAGGCAGAAUUUGAGGCUGAUAAAGAUUCUCGGAGAAGUUUCCUGAGUGAGGAGGAAGAGCUUCAGGCAGUCAUCAAUUACGACAAGGAGUCAUUUGAGAAGGGCGAAGUUCCGAUUAGGCCUGGGGGAAACUGUUCUUGUAACCAUGACUAA